GUUAGAUAUAUAAAGAGAAAGGGCCGAUGAGAAGGGGAGUAAACAAAGCAGUCUCAAUUCAAGCUCGCUACUUCCGGGUCAAGACGAGUACAUAAAGGUUUCCUCUGCCUUCUCGCUCCCAGAUCCAGCCAACCCAUUCUUCAUCAAUCAGUCCGCGUCAUUCUUCAUCGACCCACAUCCAUCAAUCCACCUCGAACCCAGCAUCACCAUGAAGGGCGCUCUCACCAUCUCCACUUUCGUGGCCACCGCCCUCGCCCAAAUUCAGCCCUUUACCGUGAUGGCUCUGAGGUCCGCUUCCCCGAUCCACUUCUCCAACCUCGCCGCAUCCGGACAGAAGUUCUACUUGGCAGGACCGCCAACUUCAUCGUACUGCCCUCUGGACCCUUCGGAAUGUCCGGCGGGGGACGAGACUGUCUUCUCUAGCGAUUACUCCUCGCCCACUCUCAGUCUGUACGUUGAAGUUCCGGGGGGACAAACGGUGUACAUUGGCCCGGAUGGUGCCAUGUCUUUCACGCAGGCCCAUUCUGCCAACAUCCCCGCCGGCUCGACUCAGAUAGGCUGGAGCCGCGUCGAGGACAGUCCGAAUUACGGAACCUUGAGCUUCGAGGGUGGUUUGGUCGCAUGCCCUGUCGAGGGGAAGGGGUACCAGGUCUUUGGCCUCUUGCCGGACAUCGUUUACGACCCUGCAUGCUUGGGGUUCACCGCGGCGACCCUCAACACCACCGAGGUGGGCGCUUGGCAGUACACCUGAACGGGGCGAAGGAUGCUUUGAGGAGUGGAGGAAUGCUAGCUGCAAAGAGAUAGGGCAGAUUCGAAGUGGAUGGCAGUUGUAUCAUUCGAUAAUGAAGGGGGUGAUGGCAGAAGUUUGAACGAGAGAGGUCACUGAACGCUAGUGUCAAGUACUCACGCUUUGCUCAAUUUUAAUCCUUAUGCCCUCAAUGGUCUCCUCUAUGCUGCUCUUGACGAUGGUUAUGUUUGAUACAACGACUGUCUUUUCGCGCGAUUUCAUC